CGGAAAAUAACCUCGAAUUCCGCAUAAGUCGAAGUAACCCCCUUUUUUUUAGAGUAAUUUAUAAAAAUCCAAGUUUCCUCACGAUUCUUAUAUAACACCCAGAAAAAAAUGUUUAGAAUCAACAACAAAUACAUUUUCAGACGUUUGGACCGCGUUUUCAGGGUCGGUAGUAAGUACAUGUCCAACUACGCAAAAUACGCGGAACACAAGGACUUGAGCAAAAUAAGGAACAUAGGAAUAUCCGCACAUAUAGACUCCGGCAAGACCACUCUUACGGAACGUAUUUUAUUCUACACAGGAAGAAUAGAGUCCAUGCACGAAGUGAGGGGGAAAGACAACGUGGGGGCUACCAUGGACUCUAUGGAACUCGAACGACAGCGUGGUAUCACCAUCCAGUCAGCCGCAACGUACACCUUGUGGAAGGAACACAAUAUAAAUAUAAUCGACACUCCAGGACAUGUGGACUUCACUGUAGAAGUAGAGAGAGCUCUGAGGGUCCUAGACGGAGCUAUCUUAGUGCUGUGUGCCGUCGGAGGGGUUCAGAGUCAGUCGCUCACUGUUAACCGGCAGAUGAAAAGGUAUAACGUACCUUGCUUGGCCUUCAUCAACAAGCUGGACAGGCUGGCCGCCAAUCCGAAGAGGGUCCUGUCGCAAAUGAGGUCGAAGAUGAACCAUCACGCUGCCUUCAUCCAACUUCCCAUCGGGCUGGAGUCGGACUGCAAAGGUAUCAUCGACCUAAUCACAGAACAGGCUAUAUAUUUCGAGGGUCCUUUCGGCGAGCAGCUCCGCUACGAUGAAAUCCCCAAGGACAUGAGGGCCGAAAGCGAGGAAAGGCGACAUGAACUCAUCGAGCACCUCUCCAACUGCGAUGACGCUUUCGGGGAGUUGUACUUGGAAGAGAGACCUUUCACGCAGGAAGACAUCAAGUCUGCCAUCCGCAGAUCGUGUCUGCAACGUAAAUUCACCCCUGUCUUGGUAGGAACUGCUUUGAAGAACAAAGGGGUGCAGCCGCUACUGGAUGCCGUCUUGGAUUAUCUGCCGAACCCAGGAGAAGUCUCGAAUUAUGGUCUGAAGGAAAAGGAGGGGGAGGAAUCCGUGAAGGUUUUGUUGGACGGGACCAGAACUAACAAGAAUCCAUUCGUGGCGUUGGCGUUCAAGCUUGAGGCUGGCAGGUUUGGACAGCUGACUUAUAUGAGGUGCUACCAGGGCAUGCUUCAGAAAGGUGACUCGAUCUAUAACAUGCGUACCCAGCGCAAAGUUAGGAUCGCCAGGCUUGUCCGUUUGCACUCGAACACGAUGGAAGACGUCAACGAGGUCUAUGCGGGAGACAUAUUCGCCCUCUUCGGAGUGGAUUGCGCCAGUGGUGAUACUUUCGUGACCGACCCCAAGUCUGAUAUAUCCUUGGAAUCGAUUUUCGUACCUGAGCCCGUGGUUUCCAUGUCUAUAGCUCCUGUUAACUCCAAAGACAGAGAUAACUUCUCAAAGGCUGUAGCUAGAUUCACCAAGGAAGAUCCUACGUUUCACUUCUUUUUCGAUAAUGACAACAAGGAAACCAUCGUAUCUGGGAUGGGAGAACUGCAUCUGGAAAUAUAUGCCCAGAGGAUGGAAAGGGAGUAUAAUUGUCCCGUGAAACUAGGCAAGCCCAAAGUCGCCUUCCGAGAAUCCCUCGUCUCCCCGUGCGAAUUCAACUACCUCCACAAGAAGCAGUCCGGCGUGUUUGAAGAAGGAGUCUGGCAGAUCCUCGAACCAGUAAUGGCCGUCGAAGUGACCGCCCCCGACGAGUUCCAGGGGGCCGUGAUGACGCAGCUGAACAAGCGGCACGGAAUUAUUACUGGCACUGAAGGUACCGAAGGCUGGUUUACCGUCCACGCUGAAGUGCCCCUCAACGAGAUGUUCGGCUAUGCGGGUGAGCUGCGCUCUAGCACUCAGGGCAAGGGAGAGUUCACGAUGGAGUACAGCAGGUAUUCGCCAAGCCUGCCCGAAGUGCAAGACCAACUCGUCAUGGAGUUCCAGAAGGCCUCGGGGCUUCUGCCGGAGGCGGACAAGAAGAAGAAAAAGAAUUGAGAGCACGACUUAGUUAGGUGAACAAUUGUGUUGUAGGUUAAUUUUUUUGUAAAUAUUUAUUAUUAAGAAUUUUAUUAAAAACUUUA